AAUUCAAUCUUGUUCUAUUUUUAAACUCGCUAUGACGUAUUAAUCGCGACAAUAAAAAUAGUUAAAUCUACCGAUUCUUUGAGUCUUCUGAUAGUAUUUAUUCAAGAGCACUUUGUUUGGGUUUACAGAAAAUGCGUCACUGUGACGAUACCAAGAAUUACCUUCUAACAAAAUGAAAUUAUUACUCUUUGUCGCGGUCGUCGGGAUUUGCGAUAUUGCAGCAUCAUUGACCCCUUUUCAGCUCAGAUAUAAAAUCAGCAAAACACAAUGUGCUCCUGUUAAAGGAUUUGAAAGAAAAACGAUUCCUUGCUAUGAUUUCCGUAACAAGGAACUCGUCGAUCCAAAAGAUUGUGGAAACAAAGCGUACUCUCACUGUUGUAUCUAUAAAUGUUCUUGCAUAGUUAAAGGAGCCGGAACCUCCCAAGGUAUCAUACCAGAAGAAUAUAAAUUAUCAAAAAUAGUUUCAUCAAAAAAGAAUGUUCAGAAACAAGCAAGACUGCUAGAAAAUUGUUUACCAGACGCUUCAACAAGCGAGUCAUAUCCGAAAAAGAUAACCAGCAAGAAUCCAACAGAAAAUAUUGUCAUCAAAAAAUUAAAGUCAUCAGUAGAACAGAAAAAGCAUGAGAAAAUGCAAAAUAAAAAGACUGUCGUGAAAAAGCCGAAAACGAAGUCUGUUAAUAAAAAAGAAUUAAAGAAAAAUCGUCAACGACCAAGUGUUAAUAAACCGCUUGUACCGAAGUCGUCUGCAAAGAAUGAGUUUUCAAAGAAUCCCGACAAAGGAAAAUCAACGAAUCAGAAACCAACUGCUUCACACGUAAAGCCAACGAAAAAGCCAUGUGUUACGAAAACAACAAAACCAUCAUUUUCUUUUGGAUUCUUUUCUCGCCUUUCUUUCAUGAUGGAUGAAUUUGGUUUUAACUCUAACGUUGUGAAAAAUAAUUCAUGUGCUUGAUUAGCACGCAGCUGAAUUUUUGAGGAAAAAAAUUGUAGUAUUGGUUUAUUACGGUUGGCCAUCGUCUUUCACAAUUACUUUUAUUCGUUCUAUGUCAUUUAUGGAUUAUAGUUGUUUCAAUAUUUUAAAUAGUGUUUUCUAAAUUGAUCGAAUUUGCUCUCAAUAGAACGUGCGUGCGAACACGAUCUGACCUGUGGCAAUUCAUAUAUUUUAUGAUAAAUAUCAAUGCAAAUUAUUUUUAUGUUAUUUAUUCA